AUGAGGGAUUCAUUCGCUGCCCUCCUGCGCACAGGGGCUGGCAAGCUUGUCCUUUCGCUGUUGCUCGCCUCUCCCACGACAGCAAUCACCUUCAAUCCCGUCCCGGUCCCUCCGCUUAGUCUCGGCGACUUGGGCCGCAUAGCUUUUACUGGCGACUUUGAUUCCAUAUCGCUGUACCAGUACCAAGGCCAGAGCCAGCAAUACCCCGGUCGCAAUGGCGCUCUGCUCUCCCGUUACCCUAAUGGCGUCUUUGCUACCAUCAACGUUACCGAUGCCGACAUCAAGGCCAUGUGCACUCUGCCCAUCAAUGGCGCUGAACGAGUCGUCUUUGCCGGCAACUUUACAGGUGUCGGCAACAUGCCCACACCUGGAGGCAUUGCCCUGCUUGAUCCCACAAACGGCAACGUACGGUCACUCGAGGGCCUUAGUGGAUCUGUGAAUGCCCUCUACUGCGACCGAGAAGGCGGACGCGUCUAUGUCGGCGGUAGUCUUUCUGGUGCUAACUCGACAAACGCCCUGGUCUGGAAGGACGGCUGGGAGGAUCUCUCGUUCCACGGCUUCAACGGCCCCAUCCAUUCCAUCACCCGUGCCUCUAACAACAACAUUGUAUUUGGAGGCGAGUUCAACGGCCUGGGCGGCAAUGCCUCAACUGUGUCGAGCCAGAACAACACCCAGGUGAUUCCUAUUUCCAAUGCACGCAUCUCGGCACAGACCAGCUCCGGUAUCAACGGCUUCACAGACCCCAAGAACAUUGCUUGCAAGGCCGACUACACAACACAGGGCUCCGGCUCUACCUGGCUCAUGGCCGACCGCGCUGAUGGUUUCUGGAAGGCCGAGUUUGGUUUUGGUUUUGAACCCACCAGUAUGAAGUUGUACAACACCGACUUUGAGGGCCGUGGCACCAAGACUUUCCACUUUACCGCUCUUCCUCUUGGCGGCAUCUUGAACCUGACCUACACUGAUCCUCGAACCGGACAAAAGGCCUUUUGCGACCUUCGAUGCCCCCUGCCCGAGGGCAACACCACUGCCCAGGACUUUACUUUUGUCAACGUCGUUGGUAUGAACGCUUUCAGGAUCGAUAUUACCGAGCACUAUGGAGCUGGCGCUGGACUGAAUGGCAUCGAACUCUUCCAGGAUGCCAUAUAUUCGUAUGCUGUCAACGAGUUCAACGAGCCCAAGAACUGUGGCGCCACCGGUUCGCUGUCAGAGUCAACCGCUACAGGCUCGUGGCAGGUUUCUCCUUCACAUGACAGCAACUCCCAGUACCUUACCACCGUUCUCACAGGCAGCCCAAUCGACGUCAAUGCGGCAACCGUUACCUUUGUUCCUGAUGUCAAGCAGUCCGGCAAUUACUCAGUCACCAUCUUCACACCUGGAUGCCAAGGUGACGGCACUUGUGGCAGUCGUGGUCGCGUCAACGUCACGGCUGUGGCCGGUGGUCAAACCGAAAGCACCGAACUCUGGCAGACCAACAACUUUGACAAGUACGACGAAGUCUACAAUGGCUUCAUUGAUGCCACUAGCGGCGCCCCUCCUCGAGUCAUUAUCCAACCCGCCGCUGGACAAGGCCCAGCACCUGUGACAGUUGUUGCACAGAGAGUACGCUUCACGCUGCUAAAGGCCACCUCUGGCAAUCUGAAUGGUCUUUUCGAGUACAAGCCAGGUCAGACUGUAGAUGCAGACAAUUUUUCGGAUUCGGUCAUCAACGCUGCUGGUGCAAGCCUUAGUCCUCGGGAGAAGGCUCUGGUAACGAGCGUGGCUAGAGGUGACGAUACUCUUUACGUUGGUGGAUCUUUCAACACUACUGAUAACCGCAACAACAUCUUUGCCAUCCGUGACGGCGCCACAGGACCUACGGCCCUUUCUGCCAGUGGGUUGAACAACCAGGUCAUGACUUUGUUCCACAACGCCAGCACACUGUAUGUUGGUGGCAAUUUCACCAACACGGUAAACAACAAUGCUCCUGGCCUGCGUGGUGUGGCUGCAUACACCAACAACGAGUGGAAGCCUCUCGGCGCUGGCGUAGAGGGUGUUGUCCUAUAUCUCGUGCCCUUUUCGCUCAACAUCACAGACAACACACCUGAAGAAGUCCUUGCCGUGAGUGGCUUCUUCAGCCAAGUCAAUGCUUUCGACGACAAUCCCGCCACCAGUGUCAAUGAUUUCGCAGUCUGGGUUCCCUCCCGCAGCAACUGGCUGCAUAACCUAGAAUUCUACUCCCUCGCCAUGUCGGGUAGAUUGAUGACAUUUGCUGAUGUUCCUGGAAGUGCUCGUUGGUUUGGUGGAUCCGUCUCUUCCGGUGCUCUCCUUGCGAGCGGUAGUGCCGAGCUACAAAGCGGAGACCAGCUGGAGCUCGAGGCAUUCCCUGUCAAGAUCAAGGCCCAACGCCAGGCUGCUCUCCGCAAGCGAGCUAUCGUGGAUGGACAAAACCUCAACACCACCGGUGUUCGCACUGGCACUUUCUACAAGCAAAAUGGCAUGAACAAGACUAUUCUUGCUGGUCAUUUUGCCACAACCGGUGCAGACAACCAGAACAUCACCAAUGUCCUCAUCAUCGAUGGCAACGACUCGGAUAAGGUCACUGGUUUCAACGAUGAGUUAGACGCCAACUCCACAUUUGCCACUGUUGCCGUCUUGAACAACAUCUUGUACGCUGGUGGUGUGGUUAGUGGUCAGCUCAGAAAUGACCCUAUUGCUGGUGUUGUCGCCUACGAUCUCACCAAGAACGAAUUUACUCCCGUUCAGCCGCCGCCACUUCAGGGCAUCAAUGUCACCGUCAAUGCCAUUGCCCCACGACCAAAGUCCAACGACAUCUUUAUCGGUGGCCAAUUCCAAUCCGCUGGAGCCUUGAGCUGUGCUGCAGUCUGCAUGUGGAACACCGAGCGCAAUCAGUGGAACCAAGCAGGAAACGGUAUCCAAGGCGAGGUCACGUCCUUGACUUGGAUUGGUGACACCAAACUUUUGAUUGCUGGCAAUCUUACAUCGGGCAACAAUCACACCAAGAUCCUCACGUUUGAUUCUACAAACAGCCAGUAUGCCGUUAUUCCUGGUGCCAAUGAUCUUCCUGGUCCAGUCACUGCGCUCACCAUUGCUAACCGCAAUGGCGAUCAAUUCUGGGCUGCUGGCCAAGGUAGCGAUGGCACUGCCUAUCUACAGCGGUUCGACGGGUCCAAGUGGAUCCCUGCCAACCCUGCCAUGUUUGGCGAUUCAACAGACAUCCGUGGUAUCCAAGUUCUUUCUCUGUCGGAGAAUCAUGAUGCGGCUCAGAUCAUCGACCAAGAUCAAGAUCUUCUCCUCAUGGGCCACAUCAAUGUUACCGACUUUGGAACUGCGUCUGCUGUGCUCUUUAACGGUACUUCGCUCAUUCCCUUCCUGCUUGCCACCAAGGGUCAGGAUGGUCAGACGGAGCCAGGAAGCUUGUCUUCUAUCUUUGUGGAGAACCCCAACUCGUUCUUCCUAAAGUCAGACAGCCACCUUGCUCUCUGGGCUAUUGUCCUUAUCGGCCUCGCCAUCGCACUGGUCCUUACCUUCUUGCUUGUCGUCAUUGGCAUAAUCAUCGAGUGGUACCGUAAGAAGCAACAGGGCUACACCCCUGCCCCGACAUCAUACACCGACCGCAUGGGAAAUGUUGGACGCGUACCGCCAGAGCAAUUGUUCGGAACUCUGUCCAAACCACAACAAGCACCUGCCAUCUAA